AUGAAUGAGCCUACUACCUCGUCUGAACCUCCAAAUGGUCCGCCUACGAAUACAGUGCCGGAGAUGAAGGAAAAAAUGUUCUACGCAAUGGGCAAACCCUUACCAGACUAUAGUGAAAUACAAGGGAAUCAUGAUUUACUCACUUCUUACGGUCUUGGCCCAGUUGAGGGUGGAUUCAAUGGUACUAGACGGGUCAAAGAGAAAUUGUCAGCUUUUUUACCACAUAUAAUAGGAGAGUUCCACUUGGAUGCCACAAAAGAAGCAAGUUCGCUGAAAGCUUUACUAGACAAACCGCCUAUUCACAAAGAGAUUACAAAUCUUUCGAAUUCGGCGAUGCAAGGCUUUAAAUUGUCUGCUGGUCCAGUUGAUGAACGAUAUCGUCAUUUGUUCGAGAGAAGAAAAGAAGAUGGAAUGCUGGUUCACAGCGAAAAGUACAAUUUAAUACGAGUUAGACAGCAGUACGACUCAUACGGGUUUGAUGAUGAUGAGACAGAAAAAGGGUUCCCCAAAAAGCAUAAGAAAAAGAAGAAGGAUAAAAAGAGAAAGAAGGACAAAGAAGGAUCUUCGGACACUUCUUCCGAUAAAAAGAAAAAAGUUGAUGAACAAAUGGAAUUUUAG